CCAUUACUCGUCCUGACUCCAAACCAUCCCGAGUACGAGAAGAUAAUGCAGCAACUACACGACACAAAGGGAUCAAUCAGAGAUAUACAACAUGCUGCUAAACUAGUAGCGUUAAAACAACUACUGUUAGACUGCGGCAUUGGGGUUACUACCGCUGGRUCUGGUGAUCUUGGAUCAGAGCCCGUCGUCUCACAGCACCGCGUGUUAUUGUUCUGUCAAAUGAAGAGUAUGCUGGACAUUGUUGAAAAGGAUCUACUCAAAGGUCACAUGCCUAGUGURACGUAUUUACGUCUGGAUGGCUCAACACCCGCUGGAUCGAGACAUUCAAUCGUUCACAGAUUCAAUAAC